AUGAUUAAAACAAGAACGAAACCUGUUUGUAAAACUCACUUUAAUUUAUCAUCUAAACAAAUAAGCAGAUAUCGAAAGUAUAUACUGAAUCUAGUUAAUCGAAAGUGGAUGAGGUAAGCAGAUGAUGUUUCAACGGAUAAAUGUAAGAUCAGAUUUACUGAGAAUAAAGUGCAUCAUUUUGUUCCAUCUGAGACGAUGAUAAAGAAGGUGAUCAGAUUUAAUGGUUAUCCAAAGAAAGGAAUUUUGAAAACCAAAUGA